CACCGGCGUCCUGUGAAGGUUAUCACCGCCGCCGACCGAGCCCGAAACGUAACGGUUGCGAGACAAGAUGGCGACACUGUACCAAUCGUUUCUGCUCUCUAAUGCUUCGCAGAUCACCGCAGUAGAGUCGACGCUGCGCAGCAUUACCUACUUCUUACCGGGAAGGUUCAAGGAUGCAGAGUUGGCUGGAGAGGCCAUUUAUUCGGCCUUGAACGUGCUAGGCUUUUACCAUGACUCCAUCCUUUCCGACUUGCUUUCCACCUCGGAGACAAGUAUAGGAAUUACGCCCUCCUCGACCAAUCCAUCGCUGUCACUAUCUUCCAGCGAAUUGCGCACGCAAGAAGGACCUCAGCUCGCACUUCCGGCCUCGCACACUCCUUCGCAACAUGCACGAUAUACCAACUACUGGUCCCGCUCUUCAGCACUAUACAAACGGGCUUCACAGCUGCUCGUUCUCAUCUCUCACACCGAGCUUCUAAUCGAGAUGCUUGCCGUGCGGUAUCACCACCAGUCGAAGAUCGCUGCAGCGUCCAGGCGUGGCGGUCCUGCAGCCACUCUCACCGACAGGCUGCAACCGAUGAACAUCGUCAUCCUUCUCGAGUCACUCAAGGCCGCUUUGCGCCUCGUUCUGUGGAGGUGCACUGGCGAACGUACACUUUUGUCUUCCAAUCCUCUGCCCGAACGCGAGGUCGACCCCGCUGAGCUAGAGUUGGAGCGACGAGCGAAGAUCGAAGAGAUAAUUCACGCUUAUCAGGAUGAGAAACCGGGCUUGCCCUCCGCUCCUCGGUCUCAUCCAGGGGAAAAAUGGGAUACAUGGCGCGGCAAGCGCACAGGCUUGACACGGCCCACCCUGCGCUCUCUUCGACCAGGCGCAAAGGAAGUGGUAGCAGCUGGUCUUCUUUGCACGCUGCCUCCGCAUCCUCUUGCCGAGUCCUUUCUGGCACAUGGGAGUGACUCUGAUGAGACCACGUUAGUAGAUCCCGAGGAAGAAGAGGAAGAGAUGUGGCUGCAGCACGAGCAAGAGAGGGUGCAGCGCGGAUGGACGGAUGCACAGGUCAAUUCGUUCCUGCUCAGCCGGACCCUGGCGCCAACCGAUGUGCUUAAGCCGCCCGAGCUGGUCAGGCCCGUCUUAGGGAAUGUCGGUCGAAUGGCGGAAAUUCUGUGGAUCAUCAGACCGGUCCUCUAUGCACUUUCCAUUCGAAGAUACGGGAAACACUCACUGCUUCCGUUCUACUUUUCGCUGCUCGUUGAGUAUCUUGCACGGCAGCUACGAAAGCGUUCUUUCUCCCCCAACCUUGGCUUCGGACAGCGCAAGCCUGCGAGCCCCCCAUCCAACACCCUACUUGGUGCCUUUGCUGGUAGCCUCGGUGGUAGGGACAUGCUCACUUCCAAGGUUAUGUCGUUUUUGUCCGGCGGCGGCGCCGACUCGGAGUCGAAGCGAAGGGAACGACCAGUCAGUAUUGUUGAGGCAAACGAAUGGGCCAAGCGGGAUAGCAGUUUCUGGUGGUAUCUUUUACGAGGUCCAGCAUGGGACACUUUCACAAGGCCGAGACUGGAACGGAUCAUCGCUUCACUGGAAAGGCGACCUUUGCUUGGAUUGCUGGGUGGCAUCGUGAGUGUUUUGUUUGCUUCUGACGACAACGCACUUCGGUGACUCAAGGAUUCUGUCUACCGCCAGCUGGGAGAUUACUUGCCGCUUGUAGACGAAUACUAUUUCUA